AUGCCGAGCGCUUCCUUCUCCUCGUCCCGAUCAUAUGUCCGGCGUUCCCGGCGAAAGGGCAACCGUAUUCCGCUGCCAUCGAGAACUUCUGCGCUCUGCGAACCACCAGGACAGAACAUUCCAGCGCCAAACGUUGGUGCAGCCUUGUCAACGAAUGGUGGCGGCAGUGGUGGAGCCAACGGAGGAGGACCAGCCGUAACGGCGGCAGCACCACCAACCGGACCCGGUGCGGCUUCCUCCACCAACUCCACAAACAACAGCACCACUAGCUCGUCCACCUCGAUCGCUCCUUCCACCUCAUCGUGCGCCUCGACGUCCUCGUCCUCGUCAACGCCGUCAUCGUCCUCAACCACGUCCUCAACGGCACUAGCAACAAGUAGUUCAUCCACAAUCGCCGGCCUAACAGCUGCCGCGUCAUCGACCACUUCCUUGGUGCCACCGGGCGUGUCAACCACCGCCGCCGGGUUGGUCAACUUUAGUGGUUCGUACGGCAGCACGAGCGCGACAAAUAUCAACAUCGACGGAUCACCAUCGCCAAUGGCGUGUGGAGGAGGAGGCGGUGGCGGUGGUGGUUCAAGCGGUUCCUCCGGGACAUCCGCAACGAGCACGUCUUCGCAGUGCAUCUCGGCGAUAUCGGCCUCGCUGUAUUCGUUCGGAGGCAGCACCUCGUCGGCGGGUGCCGGAUCAUUCGGUGGAUCCGGAUCCUGCGCAUCCGCCGGUGCAACGUCCUCGUCCGGUACGGCGACGACGGGUGGCGCAGCAGCAGGAAGCGGUUCGUCUCCCACCGGGCUGGCCGGUCCGGUUUCCUCGGUCACGCUGUCCGAGGUGAAGCAGAGCUCCAAUUCGCCAUAUGAUCUGCGCAAAAAGUCACCUCUCACGGCACACGACUCGACGAAUGCCAGCAGUGCCGGUGCUGGUGGUGGAGGAGGAAGUGGAGGUGGUGGAGGAGGAGGAGGAGGAGGAGGAGGAGGAGGAGGAGGAGGAGGGUGGUUGACGAGUGGAGGCGGAAACGCACCUUCAACAACGGCGUCUUCCUCGACUUCAACGAGCGUGGUGGCGGGCAACUCCCUGGCCGGAUGUUCGUCUUCCGGUGGUAACGGAUCCGGCGGACUACUGUCCUCCACGAUCGGAGCACUCAUCGAUCUGGGAUCCUUACCCACUCUAUCCAGUAGUAUUAACGCUAACACGAGCUGCGGCCAGGGCAACGUAAGUGGCGGCACUAGCAGCAACAACACCGGUGCCGGAAGCGGCAGUAAUCUUCUUCACCACAAUCACCUGCACCAAUCGCACCAGUACCAAUCGUCGGUCGGGUAUGACCCAAAUGCGGCCGCUUACAUGCUUCCGGCGCGCAAGCGCCCACGGCGUACUUACUCCACCAGCAACGAGGUCGGAACAUCCAUGGCGGCCACAAUGCCACAGCAACCCACGGCCGCUGCAGCCGCUCUGCUCGCAGCCACCGGCGGUGGCUCACCGACUUCAUCCUCCGUGGCAUGCCGACCAGCCGCAACGGCCGCCGUAGUGGCGCUCACAUCACCGGCCACUCCGUCACCACCGAUGGCGACGGCUUCGGUAGCCAUGGCCGGGACGAUGUGUAUGCAAUCGGCCGCCCACUACCUGCAGUACGAGAUGCCGGACGAGGUGCUGCUGACGAUCUUUUCCUACCUGUACGAGCAGGAUCUCUGCAGGGUGGCACUGGUCUGCAAGCGCUUCCAGACGAUCGCCAACGACAAGGAGCUGUGGAAGCGGCUCUACCAGAACGUGUACGAGUACGAUCUGCCGCUGUUCAACCCGGAACCGUGGAAGUUCCUGUUCGUGAAGCCGGACGAGGCCGAGUACGCGAACCCGUGGAAGGAAAGCUUCCGGCAGCUGUACCGGGGCAUACACGUGCGGCCGGGCUACCAGGACCGACGGUACCAGGGCCGUACGAUUGCGUACUUCAACACGGUCCAGGGGGCGCUAGAUUAUGCCGACGAAAAGAACUCGGUUGGGAACAAUCCGGCGACCGCAUCUGGCCCGGCCGGUUCGACGGGCAACACAGGUGGAGUAACCAUCGGUGGAGCGGGUGGUGGUCCUGCCAGCGGGAACGGUCUGGGUGGUAACAAUAGCAAUAGUAACAACGGCGGCGGCGGUGAUGACCUCGGUGGAGCAGGUGGCGCAGGGGGCGCAGGAUCCGAUUUGAUCGUGAGCGGUAGCUUAAUAUUCCUGCACAGCGGCACGUAUAGGGGGGAGUUUUUGGUGAUCGAUUCGGAUGUCGCACUGAUUGGGGCAGCCCCGGGUAACGUGGCCGAAUCGAUCAUCCUCGAGCGGGAAUCGGAAUCGACGGUGAUGUUUGUCGAGGGUGCGAAACACGCGUACGUUGGUCACAUGACGCUAAAGUUCUCGCCGGAUGUGACGUCGACGGUACCGCACCAUAAGCACUACUGUCUCGAGGUGAGCGAAAACUGCAGCCCCACCAUCGAUCACUGCAUCAUCAGGAGUACUUCCGUUGUUGGAGCGGCCGUUUGCGUGAGUGGUGUCGGUGCCAACCCGCUGAUCAAGUACUGCGACAUCAGCGACUGCGAGAACGUCGGCCUGUACGUGACGGAUUAUGCGCAAGGCACGUACGAGCACAACGAGAUUAGCCGGAACGCGUUAGCCGGCAUUUGGGUGAAGAAUUACGCUAGUCCAAUCAUGCGCGAAAACCACAUCCACCACGGGCGUGACGUAGGCAUCUUUACAUUCGACAAUGGCAUGGGUUACUUCGAGAAGAACGACAUCCACAACAACCGAAUAGCGGGCUUCGAAGUGAAAGCGGGCGCCAAUCCAACUGUGGUCAAGUGUGAAAUACACCACGGCCAGACGGGUGGCAUUUACGUGCACGAGAAUGGACUGGGCCAGUUCAUAGAGAAUAAAAUCCAUUCCAACAACUUCGCGGGUGUGUGGAUCACGUCGAAUAGUAAUCCCACGAUCAGGAAGAAUGAAAUCUACAACGGCCACCAGGGAGGUGUGUACAUCUUUGGUGAGGGUCGAGGCUUGAUCGAGCACAACAACAUCUAUGGGAAUGCGUUGGCCGGGAUCCAGAUACGCACGACCAGCGAUCCGAUUGUGCGCCACAAUAAGAUCCACCACGGGCAGCAUGGUGGCAUUUACGUGCACGAGAAGGGCCAGGGUUUGAUCGAGGAGAACGAGGUGUACGCCAACACGCUGGCCGGUGUGUGGAUCACGACGGGUAGCACACCGGUGUUGCGGCGGAACCGUAUCCAUUCGGGCAAGCAGGUCGGCGUGUACUUCUACGAUAACGGGCACGGUAAGCUCGAGGACAACGACAUCUUUAACCAUCUGUACUCGGGCGUGCAGAUACGCACCGGAAGCAACCCGGUGAUACGGGGCAACAAGAUCUGGGGUGGCCAGAAUGGUGGCGUGUUGGUGUACAACGGUGGACUCGGGUUGCUGGAGCAGAACGAGAUUUUCGACAAUGCGAUGGCGGGCGUGUGGAUCAAGACGGACUCGAAUCCGACACUGCGGCGGAACAAAAUCUACGACGGCCGGGACGGUGGCAUCUGUAUCUUUAACAGUGGCAAGGGUAUCCUCGAGGAGAACGACAUCUUCCGCAACACGCAGGCGGGAGUGUUGAUCUCGACCCAGAGCCACCCGGUGCUAAAGCGUAACCGGAUCUUCGAUGGUCUUGCGGCCGGUGUGGAGAUAACAAACAAUGCGACCGCCACGCUGGAGUACAACCAGAUCUUCAACAACAAGUUCGGUGGCCUGUGCUUGGCCAGCGGCGUCCAGCCCAUCGUGGGUGGGAACAAGAUCUUCAACAAUCAGGACGAGGUGGAGAAGGCCGUGUCGGGUGGGCAGUGUUUGUACAAAAUCUCGUCGUACACCUCGUUCCCGAUGCAUGAUUUCUAUCGCUGCCAUACGUGCAAUACCACCGAUCGAAAUGCAAUCUGUGUGAAUUGCAUCAAAACGUGCCACUCUGGUCAUGACGUCGAGUUUAUUCGCCAUGACAGAUUUUUCUGUGACUGCGGUGCCGGUACGCUAACAAACCAGUGCCAGCUCCAGGGCGAACCUACGCAGGACACCGACACCCUGUACGACUCGGCAGCUCCGAUGGAAUCGCACACACUGAUGGUAAACUAG